CAAUGCCGGCUCUACUUUUGGCAGGUGGUUGCCGGGAUUGCUUGCUGAUAAAGUAGGAAGAUUCAACGCCGUGCUCGCUUCCUUGUCUCUCUGCAUGGUCUCAACAAUGGCACUAUGGCUGCCAGCGACUGUCCUGUCUUCGUCUGAUGACGCGGAAGGCAGCAAGACUGCCGUCCUCGGCUUGACCAUCCUAUACUGUAUUCUCUUUGGCUUUGGCAGUGGCAGUAACAUCAGCUUGACCCCAGUGUGCGUAGGCAUGCUGUGCAAGACUGAGGAAUAGGGCCGUAUUAUUCCACCUGCUAUGUGAUGGUGCUUUCUGGGGGAUUGGCUUUGUUCACUGGGCUCUGCAACAAUUGUGGCUCUCGUCGCGUCAACAGUCGUUCGAGUGAGAAAAGUGGGAUGGGAACCAACAAGCGAUUUACUGAGCGUCUGGUCCAGGCAAGUGGUCCUGACACCGGCAAGGAAAGAUAUUUAGGUACCUUGUACCGAAUAGCUCUGCCUCUGACCAUAGAGUACGCUUGCUGCAGCUGGUGA